UUACCAGCUAUCUCAUCUUGGCCAUCGUGUGGCCAACUUUGCUUUAACAAUCUGAUCGGGCAGUAUUCAUCCCUUGGCUGCAGCUCUCCUGAUCCGUCUUGUCUAUGCAGCAACGUAAACUUUGGCUAUGGUAUCAGAGAUUGUUCAAAUGGAGCGUGUGGAACUGAUAUUGCCAGCACCGUCAUUGCUUAUGAGACCGCCUACUGC